AUGGCAACCAAUGACGUCGUCGAUGCCGGUUUGCUCAAGCGCAGGCGCGGCGCAAUUCUCGCGGCAUGCACGCGGAUACGCACGUUCGCGGGGUCCGUGACUUCCGUGACGCCGUCCAUCGCGGCGCAGCUCGAGGAGCGCCGAUCUAAGCUCGACGCUUAUUGGUCGGAUUACGAUGCCGUGCAAGCGAAAAUAGAGGAAUGUGAUGAAUCUGAGGCGUCACACCGCGUCGCGUUCGAGGAUUCAUAUUACGAGUUGUCUGCGCGCAUGCGCGAAAUGCUCAAUCCAAUAGCGGCGUCGCGUGUCACGGCUUCGCCUUCGCCAUCGUUUUCCGGUAGUGCGGCCACGCACAAUUUUAGUCAUAUAAGGCUACCGAAAUUAGAAUUACCAAAGUUUUCCGGGAAAUAUGACGAAUGGUGUCCCUUCUUUGACAGCUUCAAUUCGUUCAUUCAUGUAAACGCUUCAUUAAGCGACAUUCAGAAAUUGCAAUAUCUAAGGGCUUCUCUCACCGGAGAUGCGGCCCAGAUAAUCAGCGCGUUAGAAAUUUCAGAAGCAAACUAUCCAGUAGCGUGGUCUCUCUUGAAGGAUCGCUACGACAAUAGGCGCGCUAUUAUUCAAAGUCACAUAAAAGCCAUUAUGGAAUUGCCCUCCAUGGCAAAGGAGAAUAUCUCCGAACUGCGUCAGAUCGCAAAUGGCGCCAACAGGCACAUACAUGCCCUACGAGCACUUAAUCGCCCCACAUCGCAUUGGGACGAUUUGUUAGUGUACAUUUUAAGCUCCAAGCUAGAUGCGCUUACCUCGAGAGAGUGGCAGCUGUCAUUGAACGACACCGAGUUACCGACGUUAAAACAAUUUACGGAUUUCAUCGCUCAUCGUUGUAUAACGCUCGAAGCCACUAGUAAGGCAAAAAAUGUAAAUACGCGAGCGCAAUCGCAAGCGAAUUCAAAGACUCAUUCCGGCGUGGCGUCCAUAAAGACGAAGUGCAUGUUUUGUAAAUCCGAGCAUCUCGUGUACCAUUGCGAGGGGUUUCUGGCACUGCCCGUCCCGCGGAGGAUUUCAGAGAUUAAAAAACGCAAGGUUUGUGUCAAUUGCUUAAAGGCGACGGAUCAUGUCGCUAAUAAAUGCCCUUCAGGCAGUUGCAAAAUUUGUAAAGGCAAGCACAACACAUUGCUACACAUACCAGUCGCGGCGUCGGUGCAGCCUACCGCGCCCGCUGAACAAGGUCGUGCCGACCACGAAACGGCAUCGGCCAGCGGUUCCUCUACCGUUGUCAUGAGUAGCACCACGGCCACCGGUCACAACGGUGUGAUGCUCUCUACAGCAAUCGCUUUCACUUAUGACGAUAAGGGUCGUCGAAAGUCCUGUCGCGUAUUACUGGACUCCGGCUCUCAAGCUAAUUUCGUCUCGCGGCGGUUUAUAAACUCAAUCAAUGCUAGAACGCGUUCAUUAGACGUUUCUAUUUCGGGUAUAAAUAACACCGCUUCGCGAUCAUUCCAUGCAGCUAGCAUAAGGUUACAUUCACGCACAAGUUCGUUUUGCCUUCCAUUAGACUGCAUCGUCACAGAACAUGUGACAGGUAAACUUCCUGCCGUUUCGAUCAAAAGAAGCGCAUUUGAGAUUCCUCAGAAUCUCGAAUUGGCUGAUCCUCAGUUUAACGUCUCAUCGGAAAUUGAUGUUUUGAUUGGCGCAGAGCAUUUUUGGAAUUUGAUCAACGUACAAUUGCAUAAUCAGCUAUCGCGUUUUUGGGAGCAAGAAAAUAUUGCGGAGUCCCCCGGCGUUCACAGUGCCGAGGAGGCACUUUGCGAGCAGCAUUUCGUGCAGAAUCUCUCCCGUAACGAGCAAGGUAGAUUUGUUGUUAAGUUGCCCUUCAAGGAGCCUACGCCUCCUGCUUUCGUCGGCGUUAGGGAUAUCGCUUUGAAGCGGCUUCGAGGCACUGAAAAAAGACUUAACCGUUAUCCAGAAUUAAAAGAGCGGUACUCACAGUUCAUAAAUGAAUACAGUGCGUUGGGCCACAUGAAGCGAAUUGGCGACGAUGCCAGCGAUGCUUCAGAGUCCUUCUACUUACCUCAUCACAGCAUUACCAAGACACCGGCUUCUGGUAAAUUUCGCGUCGUCUUCGAUGCUUCAGCCAAGGACGCAAUGGGCGUCUCCUUGAAUGAUACCCUCAUGGUCGGCCCUACCAUUCAGCAGGAUUUGUUCACUAUCUUAGUGCGAUUCCGAACAUGGCGGUUCGCACUAUCGGCCGACAUUGUAAAGAUGUACCGCCAAGUCAUGGUGCAUCCGUCGCAAACUAAUUAUCAGCGCAUUCUCUGGCGCGACAAGUACACUUCUAACGUCGUGGCAUACGAGCUUCUCACUUUGACGUAUGGUACAUCGCCAGCGUCGUUCUUGGCCACGCGAUGCUUGAAGUGGCUGGCCGAGCAUUGUGCAAUUGUUUGGCCCCGCGGUGCCGUGUGUGUCGGACGCGACUUUUACGUCGACGACAUGCUUACCGGGGCCGACACGAUCAACGAAGCAUUAGCAAUCCGGGACGAAACGAUCGAAGCAUUGCGUUCCGGCGCCUUCGAGCUCGGCAAAUGGGCAUCAAGUUGCUCCGAAUUGCUGGUCGGAGUAAAAGAUCAGUGCGAUAACCCGGUUGUUAUUCAUAAUGGCCCAGAAUCGUCUGUAUUGGGCAUUCAUUGGAUCCACUCACAGGACACCUUUCGGUUCUAUUACGAACCCGAUGACAUUUCCGUCAUAACGUCUAAGCGAAGAAUAUUAGCGGACACCUCCAGAAUUUUUGACCCUCUUGGUCUGCUGGGGCCGGUAAUUGUUUUGGCCAAGCUAAUUCUCCAGGAGCUUUGGCAGCUAGGCGUUCAUUGGGAUGAAUCAGUCCCGCAAGAGUUACACGAGCGUUGGACGGCGCUCAAGUCGCAAUUAGCUGGCAUCAAUCAGCUUAAUAUUCCCCGCUGUGUUAAAAUUUCAAGCGAUCCCAAAUCGGUGCAGAUACAUGGGUUUUGCGACGCGAGCCAGAAGGCUUAUGGAGCGUGCAUUUACCUGCGAUCAGAGAUUGCUGACCGUCAACAAAAUGAGUCCGACCUCCUUACCCAGAAACUCGACAACACUUUUCCGAAGGUUUUUGGUGCGCUAAAUCCAAAUCUGGCCGCAGAAUUGCUCUAUCACUCAGGGUCUUAA